AUGCAGACCCCAGAGUUUUGCCCCCCAAACAACGCAACCCUCUUUGAGCAAAUUUUGAACUCCGCCCUUUCAUCUGUGGUGAAAGAAGUUGGUGCAUCUGGAUUUACUACAAAAGACGAGGAGACAUCUUCAGAGACAACAACAGAUUCAGUAUACGUUCUGGCGCAGUGCAGAAAGGAUAAGUCCUCUGCCGAUUGCGUUAACUGCAUAAAAGUUGCAGAGAACCAAAUUCGCAGCUGCUCCGGUGUGUCCGCCAAAGCAUACUACGACGGUUGUUAUCUGCGUUACGAGAGUAUCUAUUUUUAUGAUCUAUACACUGAUACCACACAUAAACCGCUCUGCGGCGAUGUCGAUGCGGCCAAUUCCGAUUUAAUUUCGGCAACUGGUCGAAGUUUGAUAAGUGAUCUUUGCACUGCAACUCCGCAAAUAAAAGAUUAUUUUGCUGCGCAGACGAGGAACGGGCCGUCUAAUACCACUAUCUAUGGACUUGCCUUCUGUCUGCGUUCCAUUAAAGAGGAUUCCUGCAAAAAUUGCCUGAGUAUUGCUCAGGAAAACAUAAACAAGUGUUUUCCUCGCUCCGAGGGACGGGCUUUAGACGCCGGCUGCUACUUACGAUAUUGUUCCGAACCCUUUUUUCCAAGCAAUGCGACUAUCGAAUUAGCACGUUUCUUACCCACAGGGAAGAGGGCGAGUUCUCUAGAGUUGAUCAUAGUUGCUGUUGGGGGAGGGGUAUUCCUACUUGCCCUUCUAACUUGUAUCCUUGUCUUCCGGAAGCAGAUAGGGCGCCCAAGCCAGAAAAGAGCGGAUAGGGAAGGAGCAACUGAACUCCGUGAGCGAGAGGAUUUUGAUUUCAAGGUACUGAAAAAGGCAACUAACAAUUUUGAUCAAGCAAAUAAACAUGGAGAAGGAGGGUUUGGUGAAGUAUUUAAGGGUACAUUGAAAAAUGGCGAAGUUGUGGCAGUAAAGAAGCUGACAUUAGAUCACUCUGCCCGUGCAAUUUCAGAAUUCAAAAGCGAAGUGAAACUCAUUUCAAAUGUUCAUCACCAAAAUCUUCUGCGUUUACUUGGAUGUUGCAGACAAGACCAAGAAAGACUCCUGAUUUAUGAGUACAUGCCCAAUAGGAGCCUUGACAGAAUAUUAUUUGGAAAAAAUAGAAGAUUUCUGCGCUGGAAGGAAAGGUUCAACAUUAUACUAGGCACUGCUCGUGGUCUGACCUAUCUCCAUGAGCAAUUCCAUGUUUGUAUCAUCCAUCGUGACAUUAAAUCAAGCAAUAUAUUACUUGACGACAACUUUGAGGCAAAAAUAGCAGAUUUUGGGUUGGCAAGACUUCUUCCAAAUGAUAAAUCUCAUGUUAGCACAAGAGUUGCAGGAACACUAGGAUACACAGCUCCUGAAUAUGCUAACCGUGGGCAAUUAACAGAGAAAGCUGACACCUAUAGCUUUGGUGUGGUGGUUCUUGGAAUUGUCAGUGGUAGAAAAAGCAUUGACUUUAAGCAACCACCUCAUAUGCAAUAUCUUCUUCAAUGGGUUUGGAGCCUAUACGAGGACAACCAGGUUUUACAUGUGGUGGAAAGUGAAAAGGAGAUGGAAGGGUAUAGCGAGGAAGAGGUGUUGAGGGUGAUAAACCUUGCCCUUCAAUGUAUACAAGUUUCUGUCAGAGAUAGGCCAUCAAUGUCUGAGGUUGUGACAAUACGCUUAAGUAAAGAUGAGAAUGAUUUUCAGAAACCUUUGCAACCAUCAUUCAUUGACGUGGGGUACAAAGAAUUGACAGAAUCAAAUGCAACAAUUACAGAAUCCCUUGAUGCUCGAUAA